AUGCUGUGGGUCGACAAGUACCGCCCGACGUCGCUCUCGUCGCUCGACUUCCACCCCGACGUGACCAAACGGCUGCAGAACCUGUCGCAGUCGUCCGACCUGCCGCACCUGCUCGUGUACGGCCCCUCGGGCGCUGGCAAGAAGACGCGCGUCAUGGCGCUCCUGCGCGCGCUCUACGGCGACGGCGCGCUCAAAGUGCGGCUCGAGCACAAGGCGUUCAGAGCUCCGAACCGCAGCGCAAAGGUCGAGCUCACGACCGUCGCAAGCAACUUCCACAUUGAGAUGAACCCGUCGGACGCGGGCGCGAGCGACCGCCUCGUGGUGCAAGAAGUGCUCAAGGAGAUCGCGCAGUACCACUUGGCCGACAGCAACGCGCGGCAGCCGUUCAAAGUCGUGCUGCUCAUGGAGGUGGACCGCCUCAGCAAACACGCGCAGCACGCGCUGCGGCGCACGAUGGAGAAGUACACGGCCACGUGCCGCCUCGUGCUGUGCUGCAACAGUCCGUCCAAAGUGAUUGAGCCGCUGCGCAGCCGCUGCCUCGGCGUGCGCGUGGGCGCCCCAACGACCGACGAAGUGUGCAGUAUCUUGCAGGGGGUCUGUGUCAAGGAGGGCAUCGACUACUGCGCUCCGCUGGGCGAGCAGAUUGCGGCCAAGAGCGACCGGAACCUGCGACGGGCGCUGCUCAUGCUCGAGACGUGUCGCGUCCAAAACUAUCCGUUCUCUCCUGACCAGCGGAUCCAACUGCCGGCGUGGGAAGAGUACGUCUGCGGUCUGGCAAAAGUAGUGCUGCAAGAGCAGUCGCCUGCUGGUCUCUUGAAAGCGCGUGAAAUGAUCUACGAGCUCCUCUCCAACUGCGUGCCGUCCGAAGUGGUCCUCAAGGUGCUCUGUCGGGAGCUCAUGAGCCGCCUGGACGACGACCUCAAGCACGAGCUCGUGCAGUGGGCUUCGUACUACGAGCACCGCAUGCAGCGCGGCUCGAAAGACAUUUUCCACUUUGAGGCCUUCUUGGCCCGGUUCAUGACGCUCUACAAGAAGUUCCUGCUCGACUUGUACAUGUAG